AGGGCUGGAGGGAGGGCAGUGACCUCACACUGAGACAGACACUCGCCUGGCUACGGGCAUCCCAGGACGCUCUUCCUGGUGCAGUAAUGGAUGUUGUUAUAGAUUCAGCUACUCGGAACAAGUUCCAAGUAGCACGGGCUAUGGUGAGCCCGUAACUUACCUGGCACAGGAGCGGGGCAAGUAGCACGGGCUAUGGUGAGCCCGUAGUGGAUUUACCUGGCACAAGAUUGGUGCUGAGACUGUCCCAGUAAUGGAGUCUUAUUUGAGUAUAUUAUGAGCUCCAGACCAUCCUGGCGGCGCUGGCCCAGAGGUCACUCACAUAUUGGCCUCACAAACUGGACUUCAGUGUCUCUAAGCAAGUUAUAUUUGUGGUGAACUUGUUACAGUUUUAACUUGCAAGUUUUAAUUUUACUCAAACUUGUGGCCAAGUUAUAAGGAUAGUAGACUAAUUCUAAUUACAUCACUUUACUUGAGGCAAGAGAGCAUAUAGUUACUAUGAGGAAUGACUGAAGACAUUACACCUUAUCACAAGAAGACAGAAGAACUGGGCGGACAUGAUUACAGCAUACACACUUUGUAGAGGAAGUGACAUGGCAAUCAUGGUCAGAUUAUGUAGAAUGAGUGGAACACAAAUAAUGGGACAUACAUACUUUUUCAGUGUCAUGGCAAAUGGAAUGCACUAUAGUGAAGAGGUUCAGGCCCAGACUCUGUACACGGUUUCAAAUGUGGAUAUAACGGAACCAAAUAGGCUUAGAAACCUGUACACCAGGUUAAUGAAUGCAGUGACCAAAUAGCUGAAGCUUAACCUCAACAAGCACAAGUUGAUUACUCCUGUCCCACCACUUGGGCUGGACAGUAGAGCAACGGCCUUGCUUCGUGCAGGUAGCUAACUUCUGAAGAAACAUUUUGUGGUGCAAGUCCCUUAAAUUGGUUCUACAACUGUAUCUAUGGAGUAGUCUUCAUUGGACAUACAUAGUCUUGAAUCCCACAGCUGCAGCAGAUUAUACACGGCCAACAUUCUGUAUAGCCUCGUCAGCCGGCAGUGCCAGCUCCAUCACUGUGAAGCAUGGAUGAAGACAAUCCUCUGGAGUGUAAAGUAUGCUUCACCGAGUAUGAUGAUGAUCUACGUCGACCACGUAAUCUCCCUUGUGGCCACACCUUUUGUACUAGCUGCAUUGCUGACACCAUUGCAAAUGGUAGACUCGCUUGCCCCAACUGUCGUAAGGAGCAUUACGCUCAUUGUUCAACUGAGUUUCCUAUCAGUUACUUGGCUGAGGUACUCAUCAAAUCUCUAAGAGCUGUUCGCAUCUCAGUAACAACAGCAAAGAGACCAAGGAGAGACAGUCCAAAAGUAAUCAGCAAGAAGUUGGAGUUGCUCAAAUGUGGUCAAGAAAAUAUUGUCCGCACAUGUAUUACCAAGUGCCAGCAGGCAAGAACCGAACUGGAUAAUUAUGAGGAGCAAAUCAUUAAAUGGAAGGUUGACCAUGAUGAUCUUAUGGUUAAAAUUGACAGAGUGGCUAAACAGAACAAGGAGGCCUUAAGCAGCCUGGAAGAGGAGCAUCGCCACUUGAUAGAAGUUCGACAAGGUGGAAUAGAAGAAGAGAGGCGGUUGGAAGCUGUAUUGGACUGUCUGACUCAGGCAGUCUCAGCCCAAGAGGUUGAUACGGCCAUUGAUGAUGCAGAAGUGUGUAGUGUUACAGCAAUGGACUGGACCAACACUUGUCAAAACUCCUUUCCUGAUGUCAAAGCUCUUCAUACUUCCUUGACGGUACGGGAGACCACCAGGAGGGCCCUGGAAGUAAUGGCCAGCGAGCCUCGGGGAGCUGUGGCUAUCCCUGCUCUUCGGGCAGACUCUACCACUACUAUCCAAGAUAAAAUUUACCAGAUUACAGGAAAUACUUCACAGACAUUGAACACAUCACAGGCAAUGAGUCUUCAGGAGAAAAUAACUGAAUACACUGUUGAAUAUCUACGCAGCUGUCUUGGCACCCAGAAAAAGUCACUGACAGAGGGUCGGAUGUUUGCCAUGGCAGAAGGUGAACCCGUACGCAGUGCAAAGAUCUCACUGAGUGGAGAUAGGAUUUGCCUCCACUACCUACAAGAUAAACCAGUUACUAAGGGAGUUAAAACUUUCAAGCACAAUCACUUGAUGAGUGUGCUGGAUGCUGCCUCUACACUGGUGUUCCUGGAUCUGAUGUGGGAAAACACACUCGGAGCUUGGGACAGUGCACCUGGAGGCCGAGUUUACAUCCGCCUCUCCAACACCACCACCAACCCCUGGGCCCAGCAGUUUCUUGCCCUGUGCACUGGUCAGCACGGCCCCACUUACGCUAACACCUGUUUCAUUGGGGUGUUCAGGCAUGCUCACGAGGAAGGAGUGCUGGCAGGGGACUAUGAGCAUAAUGACGGAAAUGGGGGAGCAGCACUACAGCAGGGCCUGAUGUCCGCACAGUGUUCGGGAAAGUGGACAGAGGGGACGGUGACAGGGAGGAAGGAGAGUCAUCAAACAGCAGCACAGUUCUACAUCAUUACAAGAAUCCACACUGCAGGUGUAAAGCAAGCUGUCUUAGGUCAGGUGGAGAGUGGCCUAGGGGUGGUGAGACAAGCAGUCUGCAUGCGUGAGAUCAGGCAGGUGAAAAUAGUUGACUGUGGUGUUGUUUUGCCUCUCUGACAACAUAGUCUAGCUUUCAAAUAUCCAUGGUAAUGAUCACCACCUUUGUACAGUACUCUCGUGACCUAUGCCAUCCUUACCUGCACUCUAUUAGCUGUUGCCAUUCUUUCCAUUGUUUUCAUCUUUGAUCACUCCUUCAUCCACACUGUUGCUUGUCUGAUCUUUUACUCCUACAUCUCUUGCCAAAUUCUUUAGUAGCAGUUGUCAUUUCUUCCAGCAGUCCAGUAGUUAUUAAUCAUUAUUUCCUACAGUCUAGUGAUCACUGUAAUUUGUACGUGCAGUCUUAAAAAUAACUCUCAUUAAUAUCUUCACUCUUAUGACCAUUUUCAUUCUGUCUUCAACUCUGACAACAGCUAUUAUUCUUAUCUUAUUUUCAUACAGGGUUCAGUAAAAUACCUUGUUGUCAUUGUUACCUCCAUCUGCCACAUCUGUUGUCACACACCCACUGUCAUCGUCUCAUAUCCUCACCACCAUUGUCACACACUCCCACCACCAUUGUCACACACUCCCACCACCAUUGUCACACACUCCCACCACCAUUGUCACACACUCCCACCACCAUUGUCACACACUCCCACCACCAUUGU